CGAUCUCCGUGGAAAAACCGGCUCAGCUCACAGAGCAGCUCGAGAAAUUAAUAAACCCUGGAUAUUUCUCAGCCAACGCAGAACACAUAAAAAAAAAAAAAAAAAAAAAAACAAACAUAAAGGCUACAUAAAGCAGGGAAGCUCAAGAAAUACUAAAGUCGAUUGUGGAUGACUUGUAUAAAGCAGUAAUGGAUCCGGUUGUCGAAGUCGUUGCUUUAAUUCUCGGUUUUGUGAGUUGGAUAAUGGUUGGCGUCACAAUCCCGAACCGUUACUGGAAAGUAUCCACACUGGACGGGACAGUGAUCACCACCUCGACCCUCUACGAGAAUCUGUGGAUGUCCUGCGCCACGGACUCGACGGGGGUGCACAACUGUCGCGAGUUCCCCUCUCUGCUGGCCCUGUCUGGUUAUAUCCAGGCGUCGCGCGCUCUUAUGAUCGCGGCAGUGAUGGCGGGCACCUUCGGCUUGGUGGCCACCCUCAUCGGCAUGCAGUGCUCGAAGGCCGCCGGGGACAACUACACACUGAAAGGCAGAAUCGCAGGAACCGGAGGCGCAUUUUUCCUGCUGCAGGGUUUGUGCACGAUGAUUUCAGUGUCCUGGUACGCGGCCAACAUCACUCAAGAGUUCUUCAACCCGCUUUACCCUGGCCAAAAGUAUGAGAUUGGAGAGGCUUUAUACAUCGGCUGGGCCUCUGGUGUUCUUGCCAUCUGUGGUGGAGCUUGUCUCAUGUUCUCCUGCAAACUGGGCACAGAGGAGAAGGCUUACUACCAGCCCACACGUGAAACGGUUUUCUCAGCGUCUGCAUCCAUGAGAGAGACACAGAGCACUUAUGGAAGAAAUGCCUAUGUCUGAAUGAAGCAAUUCUGGUCAAUUUCAAGUCCAAACAACAUUAUAUUACAUUACAUGAAUAGUCGACUGUUAAUAUUCUGUCCGGUGAUGUUUUAUCAGUGCAAUUAUGUAAAUAUGUAUAAAGUACCAAACGCACAGGUGGUUUUGUGGUCAUUAGUCAUUAAUCAAGAAAAAUGUUACCAUGUCGGUUUUGCUGUGCAAAAACACCUCAGAGAACAUUAUACAGAAUGAAAUAGUUGAAAUUACUUCAGUUUUGUUUAGAAUUUUGUUGCCGUUACAUAAAUCAAGAUUUAAAAAAAAGAAAAAAAAAGAUUUACAACAUGUUAAUUAUUUUUUCAUCAUUUAUUUGUACAAAUGACCCUGUUUUAUAUGAUGUUUUAUACAAACAAUAAACAAACAUUAAAAAAAUAUAUAAAAAA